UUACAAACACACCUGUUUUGCACACGUCUCAAAAAGACAGGAAACACUUCUCAGUUGAGAGAAAAUUUAGCGUUGGCUGUUGUUGUUCAGCCAUUGUAGCCUAUAGCUGUAUCUGUGUGUCAGAGAUUUCAGAGAAAACGAAACCUAAGCUGCUUUAUGUAUCUGUCUAUCUGUGUCUGUACAGUAAAAUGGCAGAAUCCAGUAUUUCAGUGGCUCGGGAUCAGUUCAGCUGUUCAAUCUGUUUGGAUCUACUGAAGGAUCCAGUGACGAUCCCCUGUGGACACAGUUACUGCAUGAGCUGCAUUACAGACUGCUGGAAUAAAGAUGAUCAGAAGAGAGUUUACAGCUGCCCUCAGUGCAGACAGACCUUCACUCCAAGACCUGCUUUAAACAAGAAUGUGAUGUUUGCUGGAAUGGUGGACAACCUAAAGAAGACAAAAGUCCAAACAGCUCGUCCUGCUCUCAGUUAUGCUGGACCUGGAGAUGUGGAGUGUGACGUCUGCACUGGAAGGAAAUGUAAAGCUGUAAAGUCCUGUCUGAUGUGUUUGAACUCUUACUGUCAAAGUCACCUCGAACAACAUGACAGUUUCUUUAAAGAUAAAAAACACAAUUUGAUUAAUGCCACUGGACGAUUGCAGGAGAUGAUCUGUCCUCAACAUGACAGGCUUCUGGAGGUUUACUGUCGCACUGACCAGCGAUGUAUUUGUAUAAAUUGUUUGAUGGAUGAACACAAAAAUCACCACACUAUUUCAAUUAAAGCAGAGAUGACUGAGAAACAGAAAGCCUUAGGUGACAUUCAAAGAAAAUUCCAGCAGAGAAUCCAGGAAAGAGAGAAGGAGCUUCGGGAGCUGAAAGAGGCUGUGAAGACACAUCAACGCUCUGCACAGGCUGCACUAGAGGUCAGUGAGAGGAUCUUUACUGAACUGAUCCGCUCCAUUAAGAAGAGCCAAUCUGAGGUGACACGGAUGAUCAGAGAUCAGGAAAAAGCACAAGUGAGUCGAGCUGAAGGACUCUUGAAGCGACUGGAGAAGGAGAUUGAUGAUCUGAGGAGGAGAGAAGCUGAGCUGAAGCAGCUUUCACACACUGACAAUCAUAUCCAUUUCCUUCAGAGUUUCCCGUCUCUCUCUGUUCCUCCUGCAUUCACAGAAAGCAUCAAUAUCAGUUCUUUCCUCUCUUAUGAUGAUGUUGAAAAAUCUGUGUCUAUGCUAAGAGAGAAACUUGAGGACCUCUGCAAUGAGGACAUAAAACAGAUAUCUGGUAAAGUGACAUACAUUGAGAUUGUCACCACCACUGAACCCAGGUCCAGAGAUGACUUCUUGCAAUAUUGCCAUCAACUAACCUUGGAUUCGAACACUGCACAUAAAUACCUCCGUCUUUCUGAAGGCAACAGAGUGGCUACUUUUAUUGGGGCUGACCAGCUGUACCCUGUUCAUCCGCACAGAUUUCAUGUUUUUUCUCAGGUGUUGUGUAGAGAGAGUGUGUGUGGACGCUGCUACUGGGAGGUGGAGUGGAGUGGUGGGGUGGGAAUAUCGGUGUCAUAUAAGAGCAUCAGCAGGAAAGGAGAUGGUGAAGAUUGUGUCUUUGGAUUUAAUGAUCAGUCCUGGAGAUUGUCCUGCUCUGACUCCAGGUUUGCGUUCAGACACAAUCAGAAAGAAAUGAAACUCCCUGUAGUCCACAGCUCCUCUAGAAUAGGAGUGUAUGUGGAUCAUAGUGCAGGAAUUCUUGCCUUCUACAGCGUCUCUGACACAAUGACCCUCAUCCACAGAAUCCAGACCGUAUUCACUCAGCCGCUCUAUCCGGGGUUUGGGGUCAAUUUAGGAUCAACAGUGAAACUCUCAUCUUAAGAGAUUCAUAUUACAGAUCAUGAUAAAAGGGAUGGGUAUUUGUAGUUAGCAGUGUCCUCUCUCCAGUGACAGUCCUGUAUAGUUAAAUCCGGACACUGAUUUACCACAAAAUGUACAGGUAAAUCUGUGUCUGAUGCCAAUUAAUCAAUAAAUAAAAACUGGCCACGGAUCUAUUGAAGGAUCCAGGGACCGUCCCCUGUGAACACUGUACUUUUUCACUGUACUAAAAAAGAGUUGUUCAUUAUUGUUAUUAUUAUUAUUAAUGAAUUAUAAAUGGAUUACUUUGCUGCUAAUAUCCACAACUACAGUAUGUACUUCAAAUCACUGAACUAACUGAAUUAUUUUUUUAAUAUCUGCAUCUAACUCAGAUGUCUUUAGAAUUAUAUAAAAAUAUAAAUUAAAAUAAAUAAAAUUUAACUACUGAUGAAAAUACACCUUGAAAAUAUUACAGUAUUUUACAGAAUGCUUUGACGAGAUAAACGACUCUUGCGAAAUUACUUUGAUACCAAGGACAUUGUUUUUAAUAAAUUUCAUCGACUGGGUUGGCCAAUCAGAAACUAGCACCAAAAUGUUGCAUAAUUACACAAUAAAGUUCAAACGUUUA